UCUCAGGAGCAGAUCCAUGUGCCGGUCUAUCACCCGACGCCCAGCCGGUCCCGACUGGCCUCUCAGCUGACGGAGGAGGAGCAGAUCCGCAUCGCUCAGAGAAUCGGGCUCAUCCAGCACCUCCCGAAGGGGGUGUACGACCCGGGGAGGGACGGCUCUGAGAAGAAGAUCAGAGAGUGUGUGAUCUGUAUGAUGGACUUCGAGUACGGAGACCCCAUCCGGUUCCUGCCCUGCAUGCACAUCUACCACAUGGACUGUAUAGACGACUGGCUGAUGAGGUCCUUCACCUGCCCCUCCUGCAUGGAGCCUGUGGACGCCGCGCUGCUCUCCUCCUAUGAGACCAACUGACACACACACACACACACACACACACACACACACACACACACACACACACACACACACACACACACACACACACACACACACACAUCUAUAUUCCCACAGGCACACCACAGGCUUUUCACACGUACACUAUGCACACAGCUUACAUCUUGCAAACCUGUAUCCUGGAUUAUUUAGGUGCUGAUAUCAAAAGUGACAUUGUAAAAAGUUUUGGAUGAACUGUGUGUGUGUUUGUGUGUGUGCCACACAAGUCCCCCAGUUGACCUGCUGGACAGGGUCGAAGGUGUUUUUUGUGUUAAGAACAAUGAGGAAGCAACGUGAAGGUGAAAACCCGGAAGUGAAAAUAUGGGUUUUCCAGUGUAAAAGGAAGUAACGAAGCAUGGAUCAUCUGAUAUUAUUUGAGUAAGGAUUACUUUUAUAUGCCGGAAACAACCACGUCGCCCAGUCACACACUUCCUUUAUUUACUUUUCAUCAUGGAUGUU